AGCUCUUAUCUAUAAAAAUGACUCAUUCAUUUUUGUCUCUACAAUUUCAAUACAGUCAUCACUCCACCUCUCUCAAACCUUUAACCUUAAACUUUUCUCUCUCUUCCCAUUAACCCUAGACAAUCGCCGUCGCUUUUCUCCUUUCGCCGGAAAAAAAUGCAAGGGGCAGUUCGAGGUCUUCUCUUAAAUGGAAAGAAUGCAGUCUUGCAACAUGUACGCCUGGGAAAUCAAUUUCUGAGACCCAUUGCAUGUGCACGAUUUGAGUCAACUGUGUCUGCCCGUAUAGAUGAGCAUGGCUUUGAGAGAACCACCAUUUCUGAUAUCUUGAAAGAAAAGGGUAAAGGGGCUGAUGGCUCCUGGCUUUGGUGCACAGUUGAGGACACUGUUUACGAUGCUGUUAAGUCGAUGACACAACACAAUGUGGGAGCAUUGUUGGUUGUGAAGCCUGAAGAGGAAAAGUCAAUUGCUGGUAUCAUCACAGAAAGAGAUUAUCUGAGGAAAAUCAUAGUGCAAGGAAGAUCCUCAAAGUCUACCAAGGUUGGUGACAUCAUGACUGAGGAGAACAAGCUUAUUACCGUUACACCUGAUACCAAGGUUCUGAAGGCGAUGCAAUUGAUGACAGAUAACCGCAUUCGACACAUCCCAGUGAUUGAUGAUAAAGGGAUGAAAGGUAUGGUGUCUAUUGGCGACGUAGUCCGUGCGGUGGUUAGUGAGCACCGAGAUGAGUUAGACCGCUUGAACGCAUUUAUUCAAGGGGGAUACUAGAUGAUGACGAUAAUACUUUGUUUUACGCCUGUCAUAAAGUUUCAGAAAACCUUUGACUACAGGCUUCAGGCCUGUGAAUGUAUAUGUUAUUUCCAUUUGUUUUAUGGUGGUUCAUCCUUCUGGAUAUCAGAUCAGUGUAUGAAAUACCAGGACAUGUGUAAUGGAUUAUGUGCUAAUAAUAGGGUGAAACUGAUAUGCUUCAUCAGGAGAAAAUUUGAUCUUGUA